GACCUUAUUUGGAGCCCUUCACCUGCACCUUGGAGGAGCACCUGAGGGCCCAGCUGGCACCGGAAAGACAGAAACAACCAAGGAUUUAGCAAAAGCGGGACUGUUAUCCUGUGGAGCCUGGGCUUGCUUUGAUGAGUUCAACAGAAUUGAUUUGGAAGUACUUUCUGUGGUUGCUCAACAAAUCCUUACCAUCCAGAGAGGCAUUAAUGCAGGUACUGACCUCCUAGUGUUUGAAGGAACAGAAUUAAAACUUGACCCCACAUGCGCUGUCUUCAUAACAAUGAACCCUGGGUAUGCCGGGCGGUCAGAGCUGCCAGACAAUUUGAAGCUAAAAUAUCCAAAUGAAAAUGAAGAAAUUUUGCUGCUUAGAUCUAUUAUUGAUGUAAAUCUGCCGAAGUUUUUAUCCCAUGAUUUGCCACUCUUUGAGGGAAUUACCUCCGAUUUGUUUCCUGGGGUGAAAUUACCAAAGCCAGAUUAUAAUGAUAUGCUGGCUGCCAUCAGAGACAACUGCCAAGCCAUGAAUUUGCAAAUGACCGACUUCUUCUCUGAGAAGAUCCUUCAGAUCUAUGAGAUGAUGAUUGUACGCCAUGGUUUCAUGAUUGUUGGAGAGCCUUUUGGAGGGAAGACCAGUGCAUAUCGUGUUCUAGCUGGAGCAUUAAAUGACAUUUGUGAAAAGGGACUGAUGGAAGAAAACAAGGUUCAAAUAACUGUUUUAAAUCCCAAGUCUGUCACCAUGGGCCAGCUUUAUGGGCAGUUUGACUUGGUUUCCCACGAGUGGUCUGAUGGGNUCCUGGCUGUCAGCUUUAGAGCAUUCGCAGCUUCCUCG